UCCCUCUCUCUCCCAGGUACACGCCCUUUGACUUGUCAGAAGGGGGAAAAGUUAAAGAAAAAACUAAAUCACGGAAGAGGUUCUGUUGCCCUACUAGUUAGGCAAGUUUUGGAGCUGUUAAGGCAGUGAGGGGAACGGAAAAGCAGAAAAGGAACGUACAGUCCUGUGGCAGUUCAGUUGUGCGUCGGUUCUUCACAAACUUUAGGAAACAUGGAGUCAGCAAUCAAGACAGUGGUGUCUGUCUACCUCAAGUCUGCAAAGGGCAAAGAGAACCUGAGUUCAAAGGAUUUCCAGGGCCUGGUGAAGAACCAACUCGGUGGCAUCCUCAAUAAUGCGGAGAGCAAGAACGCUGUGAAGGACAUGCAGCAGGGUCUGGACGACAACCAGGACGGCAAGGUCAGCUUCCAGGAGUACAUGAAGCUGAUCGGCUACCUGGCCAACGCCGUCAGCAAGCAGUACGUCGCCGACAAGGGGACCAAGCCCACGGAGAGCAACGACGGCGCGGUGACGCAGUCCGAGGCUCCGGCCGCCGCGGAGACCCAACCUGCCGCCGCCAAGGAGGUAGCCCCGGCGGCCGGUAACGGGGAGGCAGAGAAGGCCCCAGAAGAGCCGGCCGCAGAGAACACAGCGGAGGAGAAGACGGAGGAGGAGGACGAGGCCUCGUAGAGGAGUGACCGCCCCCCCAGAAAAGCUUAUCUCCAUCUCUAAUAUCUCCUGCUCGGCCCCGUCUUAUGUUCUUAUUAUAUCAUAUCUCCUUAGACAAUAACUGUCCCAAAAAGCUGUGUCAAGUUGUAACGCUUUUGGUUUAAUUCUAGAAUACACUACACACACAGUCCAGUGCCAUACCAUUCGUGUGCUCCAGUGUAGAAGCAUUCUGCCACACACAGACAUCAUCCUCACACUUCCUUUACCUGUGGCUGUUUGUAUCAAGUUGUUUUUGUAUUGUGUUUGACAAUCGUACUUUCUAAUAUGAGUCCUGACAUCUCUUCAUCGUCUUCAUAUCCUUGCUUUAACAAAACAAAACAUCCGAAAACCUGACCGGCAGGUUGAGUUAUCCAAGCUCUCUUGAAAUCUGUCAGUCGUUGUAAACCUCUCCUGAAUUCAUGUUUUAAGAGCUCGGCGUCAUUUAGAGCAUCAUUUCCUAGCUGCUUGCGACUAACAGGGAGGCGAGGUUAGGGUUUUGAAUGUGAAUCCUGUGAAGAGUUUGAGCCAAAUUAGAGUUGCUACAGAGAGAGUGUGUGUCCGGACCAAAGUGUGUGCAACAGUACCAGAUACAUACACGCACAUACACACACACACACACACACACACACACACACACCUGUGGUGGCUUACAAAUGUUUACAAACUUGCUGCAACCCCAACGGAAGAGAUUAACCUGGAACAAACAAAUCGUUUAGCUAAAUAGUGUCUUUUGCACCAAACAUUAGAGGAGAGUUUCUCUAUAUUCAUUAGUUUCAUUGGCCCUCAGUUUAACUGCACCUGGUAAAGUGCAUCCAUCCCCAGUAAGAGUGAUACCACCCCCUUUUGUGGUCUUUGGCUGCCCCCUCCUCUUCCUGUCAAUCAUCCUCCAUGUCCCACAGCACCCCAGCCCUCCACCCUUGUGUCACAGAGGGUUUUCAGAUUCUAAUGUUGCAUCGGUAAGUGUUGCAUGUUCUCUCUUACCAUCUGUCCUCCGUCUACUUUCUCCUUUCUUCUUUUUCCUCUCUCUCUCCCCCACUCCCUCCCUCCCCCCACUCUCUCUCUCUCACUCUCUCUCUCUCUCUUUCUCUGGUGUCUGUGUCCUCAGGCCAAAACACAGAAGAAACAUAUUCUGGUGCUUACCAAUAUUAUUCUGUUCAAGGUAGCAAGAGAAAAGCUUUUUCUUUUUACAAAAAUGCUCAAUAUUAUUUUAGACAUUGUAUUCUUAUUAUCUGUCAGCUUUCCCUGAUAGUUUACAUAACAGCUGCCUAGUUGACAACUAUCCUUGCAACUAUCUGUGUGAAAUGUUCUCAUCAUCUCGGCCUGGAAUUUAAACAGCCCUUUUUGUGUGUACUUGGGAAUAACAGUUGAUCAUCUCCACAUCCUCACGUCUACAUUCUGUCUGUCUAGCGUGUCCUCUUGUUCUCUUUUCUCUCACCAUCUUGUCUCUUGUACUCUGUCCAUCCAAUCUCUCUGUUCUCUCUCUCUCUCUGCUCUCUCUUUCUCUCUGUCUGUUCUCUCUCUCUCUCUCUCUCUCUCUCUCUCUGUUGGUCAAGGGUGAAAUGUGUGCGUGUGUGUGCUGUUUCUCUUCUCAUCAGUGGCCUGUCAGGCCGUACACAGACGGGUGCUUGGUGUCCUAAUAAAGGCUUGUUGGGGUAAAUAAUUAAGGCACCUAGGGACGGAAUCCACACCAGGGGACCCUGUGGCCCUGGAGCCCAAAAAUAGCCACUUGGUUCAGGGCACCUGACACAGGGAGGCCCUUGGGGAUGAGCCAGUGUCCACGCAACAUUACCCAGAACGUGCCCCAGUCAGAAAGGAGAAACAGGCAGACAUAUAUAACACAUCUAUACACAUACAUGUACAUAUAUGUAAGUACAUUCAAAAACUAAGAUAAAGAAUAAACACCUUUGUGUGCAUGUUGGACGUGUAAGCACAGACAUAACAGGGAAACGUACAGGAAAGACACUUUGUUGGGUGUCAGGUGUGGCUUCGCUUUGUUUUUCUUUUGUUAGGCUUGAGAUCGGGCACUGGGAACUCGGACUAGUGACCCUCUCCAAUGUCUGUGACCUUUGUGGUGCUAAUUUAGCCCUUGGGUAAAUCUAUGAUGAAAUCGGGCAGACAAACCCCUCCACCACCCUUCAAAUGACCCCUUGAAUCAAAUAAUGUGUUGCAUGUGUUUUUUUUUUUGUGGUGUUUGUUUACCCAUUUGUAUUCUUGCCUUUGAGUGCAGUGUGGUUGCUUUGUCACCACAAUGUGAAAUCAAUGUCAAAAUGUUGAAUUACAUUGGAUGGCUGCAGAGAGGGUUCUAAUAUAUGUAUUAAAAUGAUCUGAUUUACACAAAAGAAACCACUAAAAUGUCUAUGCCAUGUUAUUACUCUGAAUAUGAAACCAUGUACUCAAUUUGACUAUUUAUAUGCAGCUGUAAUAAUCAUACAUUAAUUCUGUACGUAUAUGUACUUUGGCCUGUAUUAAAUAUUAAUUUUGAAAUGGACACCCCAUACAUGACAGUCCAGUAAUUCUUUUGUGAAUGACAUCCAUCCAAGUCCAGUAUAUCUAAUCUCAUGAUACCAUACUUAAUGCUUCGCAACGGCUUUUUCCUCAACAAAUACAUUAUGGUACUUGUUUUAGUACAGACAACAUUGUAACGACUGUAUGUUCAUUGUAUUUGAAACGGUGGCUAGAUAGUAUUAAACUGGUACAAAUCAAA